AUGGGCGGCGACGACGGUGCGACGGCAGGAGGGCGGACGUUCCAGCGGGAGCAGGCGGCCGAGUCUUUCCCGUCGACUUUAGAAGUGCUUUCGUCUGGGUUGUGCGAAGGUGGCGCGAGUGUGCGAGGAAGCCAGCGCUGGGGGGAGGUUUUGCAAGCGCAGGUUGCGCGUAAGUUGCAGCAGCACCGUGGCAUUUGGCGGUCGCUCGCUGGCGCAACUCGUGCGACUUUCGUGCGAACGGAGACAGUUCGUUUCUGGACACGAACCGAGCAGAUUGUCUGGAUUUUGGCAGAGAGUGCGAGAGCGAGCGGAAUUCGACGCACGCAUUAUUUCGGGACGUUUUCGACCAUUCGCUCGCUGCCAAUGAAGCUCUACACGUACCCAGCCAACUACCGCGUGUUCAAGGUACUCGUUGCGGCCGAGUACAACGGCAUUGACAUUGAGCUGCCGGCUUUUGACUUUCACAAGGACAUUAAAUCCGCCAGUUUCAAGGCCAAGACACCAGCUGGCAAGGUCCCGGUCCUUGAGACAGAGGAGGGAUGUAUCUUUGAGAGCGGUGCCAUUGCUCGCUAUGUCGCUCGUCUGCGUCCAGACACGGGUCUGUACGGCAAGACGUUCUUCGAGUCAGGUCAGGUGGACGCGUGGAUUGACUUCUCUGCGUACGAGCUGGAGGUACCUCUGGAGGUGUGGGUGCACCCUAUCCUCGGGGUUGGUCAGUUCAAUGCUGCUGCCCUGACGCGCGCUAAGGCAGACGUGAAGAAAGCGCUCCAGACCCUUGAGAACCACCUGCAUUUACGCACUUAUUUGGUGGGUGAGCAGGUGACGCUGGCCGACAUUGUUGUUGCGUCAGCUCUUGUGUACCCGUUCAAGUUCGUGCUUGACAAGGAGUUCCGCAAGCCGUUUUCGGCUGUGAGCCGUUGGUUCUCGACGUUGGUGAACCAGCCAGAGUUCCAGGCUGUCGUUGGUGAUGUGCCGCUUAUUGACGUGGCACUAACUGCUGAGGGUGACAACUCGGCCAAGAAGGAGAAGAAAGAGACGCCGAAGAAAGAGAAGGCUGCCCCGAAGGAGGAGGAGCCGAAGCCCAAGAAGGUCGAGCACCCGCUGGCUGUGCUGAACCGUGAGAAGCCAUCGUCGAUGAGUUUGGACGCGUGGAAGGUGCAGUACUCGAAUGCAAAGAACUUGGCGGACGCCAUGACGUGGUUCUGGGAGAACCUGGACACGGAGGGGUACUCGCUGUGGUUUUGCGACUACAACUACAACAACGAGAACUCAAAGAUGUUUAUGACGUGCAACGCCGUGGGCGGCUUCCUGCAGCGAUCGGAAGCUAUGCGCAAGUACGCUUUUGGUGUAAUGGAUGUGUGCGGUGUUGAGGGUUCAGAGAUCAUCAUUACGGGUUGCUGGCUCUUCCGUGGCGACUCGGAGAAGCACAUGAUUGAGGCCAACCCGGAUGCCGAGUACUACACAUGGAAGAAGGCGGAGCUGAACGACGAGACAAAAGCUCGCAUUACCGCCUACUGGUGCAACGAAGACGAGCUUGAAGGCAAGCCCAUUGCUGACUCGAAGGUGUUCAAGUAA